AUGCGCCCCUCCAUCCUCCUCGCACCCCUCGCCUCCGUCCUCCUCACCGCCCCCGUCCUCCCCGUCACAGCCCAAGACCUCCUCGGCGGCGUCCUCUCGGACGUCGCCUCCGCCGUGUCCAGUGUCGCCACCGUCAUCGGCAGCCAAACCACCAACGAACCACUCAUCACGUCGGUAGCCUCGGAGAUCGUCUCCGCCGCGAGUUCGUUGACCAGCGACGCCAGCGUGAUCAGCCAGUAUAGCAGCUUGAUCGACGGACUUUCCAGCCAGAUCGCGAGCGUGACCUCUAGUGUUGGUUCUGUUGUUUCUACUGCUACGGAGAGUGCGGGCGCGAGUGCAAGCUCCAGUACGAGUGCCAGUGCGAAUGCCAGCGGGACAGAAAGUGGGAAUGCAGGAGGCAGGAUGGUCGUGCCAGGCUGGGCUGCCGCGGCGAUGGGCGCAGGUGUUGGAAUCGGAGUCGGUGCUGGUAUUGUGUUCUAA